AUUGGUUUAAAUCAAUCUCUGUCUUUCUCUUUCUCUCUGCCAGCAAACAUCCAUUGGAGCUCCUCACUAUACGGCUGAAGAGAGAGAGAGAGAGAGAGAGAGACCAUCUCCUAAUUUUCCAUACAAAAGACUUUGGGGAUCAUAUUCUGUGGUUUUUGACUUUGUGAAACCUAGCCAGAAAAUCUACCAACAACUGCCUCAAAUUCUCUCUCCUCUUUCUUGAAACCGGGAAAGAGGGAGGGAAGAAGAUUCUAGAAAGAUCAAUGGAAGGUUCAGGGACAUGGCAAGGCUUGAUCCUCGUUGGUAUUGUCACAUGGAUCUGUGCUUCUUCUUAUCUCAAAUUUACCCAUAAAUUUAGAUCUCUCUUACAACCAUGGGUCACUCGUCAAGUCGUCGGUGGUGUUCCUCUCAUUCUCAGAAUCCAGAAAUGUCAGAAUGGAGUGUUGGAUGCUUUCUUCUCAGGACUAUCAUGUGUUGUCUCUGUGCCCUUUUACACUGCUUUCUUGCCUUUGCUCUUCUGGAGUGGACAUGGUAGAUUGGCUAGGCAGAUGACUCUCUUGAUUGCCUUCUGUGAUUACUUGGGAAAUUGCAUUAAGGAUGUGGUAUCUGCUCCUAGGCCAAGCUGCCCACCGGUUAGAAGGAUUACUGCCACAAAAGAUGAGGAAGACAAUGCAAUGGAAUAUGGCUUGCCUUCUUCACAUACUCUUAACACUGUUUGUUUAUCCGGCUAUCUUCUCCAUUAUGUGUUAUCCUCCUUGGAACACGAAACUGUGUCUAUCCAAUACUAUGGAUUUGCCCUUGCUUGUUUGCUGGUAGUCCUAAUCGCCUUCGGAAGGAUUUACUUGGGUAUGCACAGUGUCGUCGAUAUCAUCAGUGGUCUUGCCAUAGGAGUUCUGAUUCUAGGUCUUUGGCUUAUCGUCAACGAAAAAAUUGACGAUUUCAUUACAUCAAAACAGAAUGUUAGCUCCUUCUGGACCGCGUUGAGUUUCUUAUUGCUCUUUGCUUAUCCAACCCCUGAGCACCCAACUCCUAGCUACGAGUACCACACUGCCUUCAACGGGGUUACCUUAGGGAUUGUUACCGGAGUGCAGCAAACGUACACUCAAUUCCACCACGAAGCUGCUCCACGAAUCUUCUCACCAGAGCUCCCUAUUUUAUCCUACCUUGGUAGAGUCAUGGUGGGGAUACCGACAAUACUCUUAGUGAAGUUCUGCAGUAAAUCUCUUGCAAAAUGGACUUUACCAACAGUAUCCAACGCACUUGGGAUUCCAAUAAGAUCCAGCAUGUACAUUCCCAAGCUCAAGGUCGAUAAGGUGUAUGCAAGUGGGAAGAAGACAGACGAACCCAAGAACUCAGUUGGAUAUUUGCAGAAACUAUGUGAGCUCUUGAGCCAGGACUCGUUUGAUAUUGAUACUGGUAUUAGGUUCUUCCAAUAUGCAGGCCUUGCCUGGUCUGUUGUUGAUCUUGUUCCUUCGCUAUUCUCUUAUGCUAACUUGUAGUGACAGUUCCAUUGUGUGAUUUUAUAAAAUCAAUGCAUGUACAUGACAUUUGUUCAUCAACUCGUAUUCACUUGACCAUA